AUGGAUGGAAAGCAGAUCCAAGCAGGAACCCAGCUGACAGGCAUUCCUUGCCACUCGUUCGAGCAGUUUGCUGAGGUGUUCAUUGCAGUUCUCGGCUACCAGCCAGAUCCUAGAAACUACCAAACAGCUGUGGGCUGACUGGAGCUGCUGGUUGUGGUCCCACCCAUGCUACAAGAGAUCCUGCUCAUGAUGGGGGCUGUCUUCACUUUGGUGGUCCUGGAAGAGUCGCUGAGGAUCUACAUUCCAGCCAUUGUCUGUCUGGGGCCCCUGCUACUGCUGGAUAUCUGCCAGGUCUUAGCUUGGACUAAGACGGUGGUCAAAUGCCCAAGCAAGAAGAUCCCUGGUGCUGUCGGGAAGCCUAGUAAUUGAGUCUUCAUGCCGUGUGUUUACCAUAGCAGGAACAGACAUGGCACACUGUCUACACUUUGUUAGGCCCAUAGUCAUUCAGUGUAGAAGAGAUACCUUGUUUAGGUCCCAGUCUCCCCUCAUAACUAUGCUGCCCUGUUUUGAGUGGUGUAUUAAUAUUCUUCGUGUCAUGUGAAAAACGGGAAAUAAGCAGAAAAGAAGCUGAAACCCCUCCAAAUUCUAAUACCCCAUGAAUAACCAUUUCAUUUGGUGUAACUUUACCUGUUGACUUUUUCUAUGAUUGUAAACAGAUUAAUUUUUCUUUAAUGAAAAUGAGACAGGAUAGCCUACCCUAUUGUCUGCUGUUAAGAUCCAGUGUUCUGCCAGGCAGUGGUGGUGCACGUGUUUAAUCCCAGUGCUUG